GUUGUUUUACAACAGUAGCUUGCGUAAGCUGCUGGCAGGACAUAACAUGUUGGAAAGGCUACCGGAUCGGCUGGAGCGAAUGCAAGUGGAGGUCCUGGAUGUGCAACAUAACCAGCUCCUUGAACUGCCUUCUAACCUGCUUUUGAAAGCAGACAGCCUGAGAUUUCUUAAUGCCUCUGCCAACAAACUGGAAAUGCUUCCUCCAGCCACUCUUUCUGAAGAAACCCAUAGCAUCUUGCAGGAAUUGUAUUUGACCAAUAACAACCUCACAGAUAAAUGUGUACCCUUGUUAACAGGCCAUCCACACCUGAAAAUCUUGCACAUGGCUUACAAUCGCCUACAGAGCUUCCCUGCCAGCAAAAUGGCCAAGCUGGAAGAGUUGGAGGAAAUUGAUAUUAGUGGGAACAAACUGAAAGCCAUUCCAACAACCAUCAUGAACUGUAGACGGAUGCAUACAGUAAUUGCUCACUCCAACUGCAUCGAAGUCUUCCCAGAAGUCAUGCAGCUUUCUGAAAUAAAGUGUGUGGACCUAAGCUGCAAUGAACUGAGUGAAGUCACAUUGCCUGAAAACCUGCCUCCAAAACUACAAGAGCUGGAUCUGACUGGAAAUCCCAGAUUAGCCUUGGAUCACAAAACCCUAGAACUGUUGAACAAUAUCCGUUGCUUCAAGAUCGACCAGCCCUUGGCCAGUGACGGUUCGGGAGCCCCGGCGGUGUGGAGCCACGGUUACACAGAGGCCUCGGGCGUUAAGAACAAGCUAUGUGUGGCAGCACUUUCAGCCAAUAACUUCUGUGACAACCGGGAGGCACUUUAUGGUGUUUUCGACGGUGACCGUAACGUGGAAGUGCCAUAUCUGCUGCAGUGCACAAUGAGUGACAUCUUAGCAGAAGAGCUGCAGAAAACAAAAAAUGAGGAGGAAUACAUGAUCAACACUUUCAUCAUUAUGCAAAGGAAACUUGGAACAGCUGGACAGAAACUUGGAGGCUCUGCUGUCCUUUGCCAUAUAAAACAUGAUCCCAUGGACCCUGGUGGAUGCUUUACAUUAACCUCAGCAAACGUGGGGAAGUGCCAAACGAUUCUCUGCCGGAAUGGGAAACCUCUGCCUUUGUCCAGGUGUUAUGUCAUGAGUUGUGAAGAAGAGCUGAAGAGGAUCAAGCAGCACAAGGCCAUUAUCACAGAGGAUGGCAAAGUGAACGGUGUGACAGAUUCAACAAGAAUCUUGGGGUACACCUUCCUUCACCCAAGCGUGGUGCCGCGUCCCCACGUCCAGUCCAUCACCUUAACGCCGCAAGACGAGUUCUUCAUUCUGGGCAGCAAGGGGCUGUGGGACAGCCUCUCCAUGGAGGAGGCCGUGGAGGCCGUCAGGAACGUGCCCGACGCGCUGGCGGCUGCCAAGAAGCUUUGCACUUUGGCCCAGAGCUACGGCUGCAACGACAGCAUCAGUGCUGUCGUGGUUCAGCUCAACGUGACGGAGGACAGCUUCUGCUGCUGCGAGCUUAAUGGGGUCCCACCCCCGAGCCCGGGCAUCUUCCCCCAGUCUGUCAACGUGGUCAUCAAGGACAGGCCGACGGAUGCGCUCGGGAUGCCGUCCUCGAGCAGCGGCAUGGCUUCGGAGAUCAGCAGCGAGAUCUCCACCUCUGAAAUGAGCAGCGAGGUGGGCUCCACGGCCUCCGACGAGCCCCCCCAGGGGGUGAUGAACGAGAGCAGCCCGGCCUACCCCGGGGAGCAGCGCUGCAUGCUGCACCCCGUCUGCCUGUCCAACUCCUUCCAGCGGCAGCUCUCCAGCGCCACCUUCUCCAGCGCCUUCUCCGACAACGGCCUGGACAGCGACGACGAGGAGCCCAUCGAGGGGGUGUUCACCAACGGCAGCCGCGUGGAGGUGGAGGUGGACAUCCACUGCGGCCGAGGCAAGGAGAAGCAGCUUCUCCACGUGCCGGUGGAAGCCAGCGACGAAGGGAUCGUCAUUAGUGCCAACGAAGAGGAGCCCAGCCUCCCCAGGAGGGCUGAGAAUUCCGCCACGGGCACGAUAGGGCGCCGGCGGGGCAACGGUUCCGUGGCGCCCCAGGAGAGGAGCCACAACUUGAUUGAAGUCGCGACAGAUGCGCCGCUCAGAAAAACGGGGGGCUACUUCGCUGCCCCCGCACAGCCCGAUCCGGACGACCAGUUCAUCAUCCCACCAGAGCUUGAAGAGGAAGUCAAGGAGAUAAUGAAGCAGCAUCAGGAGCAGCAGCAGCAGCGACAAUAUCCAAUGGACCACCUGGCAGACUAUUAUGAUACGCCACUAUGA